AUGGGACGAAAAGGUUUAGCGAAAACGAACACGGCCUUAUUAUACGUAAAUGAUGCCUUGCAUCAAACAAAAUGGGGCGAACAAGCCCUUAUUUAUGAACCUUCUAAAAAAACUCGAGAGACCGAGAUACAUUACAUAAUCGAAAGAUUCAAGUUAUUCUUGGAUGAGGAAGCAAGGAGUGCAGAAUUGCCUAAAUUGCCAAGAAACUUGGAUGCAAAAAAAUUUAUCGCAGACUAUCUUUGCAAGAUGAAAGAUGUCAUCGAAGAAAAUUUAGAAAAACGAUGCGGCGGCGUGCCGUUAUCACAAGUACUGUUUGUGAUGUCCGUUCCAGCAGAAUGGCCUCCUCGUACCAGAGAAAUCUUACGUGAUUGUGCGUACAAGGCAGGCUUACUUAGUGAAAAUAAUAAACAAAAUUUGGAAUUCACAACUGAACCCGAAGCAGCAGCAAUUUAUUGUUUAUCAUCGAUUGACGAACAUUUGUCCGUUGGAGAUACGUUCCUUGUUGUGGACUGUGGAGGUGGAACGGUUGAUUUAACGGUUAGAACACUGAAACCGGAUAACACGUUAGAAGAAGAGACUGUUAGGUCAGGUGGUCUCUGUGGUUCGACAUGUAUAGACCAAGAAUUUGUCAAAUUUUUGGGACGCAUAGUUGGUCAAAGAGCUCUAGCCGAAUUCAAAAGAGAGAAUUAUGGAAACUUGCAAAAGCUUAUAUAUAAAUUCUUUUGUCCGGAAAUUAAGUUACCAUUUACUGGUGAUCCAGAAAAACACGAGAACAUCGAAUUAGACUUGGAGAAGAAUUGUCCGGCCUUGAUGAAUUUUGUUUGUUCAGAAGCAAAGGAAAGGCUUGAAGAAGAUGAUUGGGUCAUCGAUUUUGAUUUCGAAGACGUGAAAAAAAUGUUUGAUCCGACAGUUUCUAAAAUCAUUGAUUUGAUCAAUGCUCAACUAGAAUGCCUUCCAAAGAAUAAGAUCAAGGUGAUGUUUUUGGUAGGAGGGUUCUCCGAAUCAACAUAUUUGUAUAAACGUAUCAAAAGUGCCUUGAUACAUCUUGUACCCAAGAUAAUAGUUCCUAAACACCCAAUAGCAGCUAUCGUAAAAGGUGCUUGUUAUUAUGGGCUAAACAAGAGUGUUAUUAAAGUAAGAGCCCUUAAAUGGACGUAUGGUAUAGAGGUCAAUGACGAAUACAAUCCCCAUCACGACCCUAAGGAACUUCAGAUUAAAGGCGAUAGAAUCUUGAGAUUUGACCCUUUAGCUUCUGUAGGAGAGAAGCUUAGAAUCAAUGAUGAGCGUUCUAAAGAAUAUAAACCUCUUCGAAAAGAACAGUUGACCUGUACUUUGAAACUAUUAUUCACAAGAUUACAGAAUCCUAGAUAUUCGAAUGAAAAAGGUGUACACACACUUGGGCAAAUAUCUAUUAAAUUUCCUCAUAACAGUUCUGGCCAAGAUCGGCCGAUAAAAUUAUUUUUAAAGUUUGCGGAAGAGGAACUAAACGCAACAGCACGUAAUGUGAUCACGAAUGAAGUGUACCAUGCUACAUUCGUUUAUCCCAUCGAGGGUUAA